AUGAAGGCUCCGAGGGGGAGUAGGAAGGAGGCGGGGGGGGAAGGUGGAGGCCCUGAGGAAGAGGAGGGUGAGGAAGAGGAGGGUGAGGAAGACGGAGGUCGCCGAGGAGGAGGAAGACUCCGGAGGAGGGUGAUGGUGGGGAGGAAGAUGGAGAGCUGGAGGAAGAGGAUGGUCGUGGAGACCAUCGAGGAGGAAGAUGAAGGCCCUGAGGAGGAAGACGAAGGCCCCGAGGAGGAAGAUGAUGAUGACGGGGAUGAAGAUGAAGGCCCUGGGGAUGAAGAUGAAGGCCCCGAGGAGGAAGAUGAGGGUGAGGAGGAUGAAGAUGAAGGCUCUGAGGAGGAGGAAGAUGACCCCGGAGAUGAGGACGGGGAUGAAGAUGAAGGCCCCGAGGAGGAAGAUGAAGGCUCCGAGGAGCAGGAAGAUGACCCUGGAGCCGCUGAAGAGGACGGGGAUGAAGAUGAAGGCUCUGAGGACGAGGAAGAUGACCCCAGAAAUGAGGACGGGGAUGAAGAUGAAGGCCCCAAGGAGGAAGAUGAGGGUGAAGAGGAGGAAGAUGAUGGCAAGGAAGAGGAAGAUGAUGGAUCCGAGGCCACCACGGGCGGGGUCGAGGCCACCACGGGGGGGGUCGAGGCCACCGAGGAUCUGAGGUCGCCGUGCAGGUGA